AUGUCCGCCAGCACUGCAACAUCUCAGACGCCUUUGGAAGACGCGAUUCGGGAAAAGGUCACAAGAGAACUAUCGCCGGUUUCCCUGACGAUCCGAAAUGACUCUAAACACCACGCUCAUCAUGCGCCCAUGCAAGGAAAUACAUCUACAGAAACCCAUUUCCAUGUAACGAUAAUUUCGUCCGCAUUUGCAUCGAAGACCCAGCCGGCCCGACAUAGAAUGGUAUAUAACCUGCUCAAAGAAGAGAUGGCUCAAGAGGGCGGUAUACAUGCGCUACAACUUAAGACGAAAACCCCGGAAGAGGAAGAGAAGGCUGCGAAGCAGUAG